AUGGCAGUUUCAUUCAUGUUAGCUCAUGAUUAUGGUGUACCCAGAAUAAUGAGUAGUUACUAUUUUACUGACAGUGAGGCAGGACCGCCUUCACAUCCAGAUGGAUCCACAAAAGAUGUGACAUGUUUUGAUGAAUGGGUAUGUGAACACCGAUGGAGACAGAUCACUGGUUCUUCAUGGUUCCGUAAGGUUACACAUGGUACUGGUGUUGACAAUUGGUGGGACAAUAAUAGUAACCAGAUCGCCUUUUCUCGUGGUAGCCUGGGAUGGUAUGCUGUGAACAACGAUGCAUAUGCCAUGGACGCAACUAUAUACACUGGAUUACCUGCUGGUACAUAUUGUAACCUGUAUGUCUCAUCUUACGAUAAAGACACCAAAGCCUGCGUCGAUAAGGAAAAUGUUGGUACACCGUCUACUGUUACUGUGAAAAGUAAUGGCGAUGCCUCGGUUUAUAUACCCAAUAAUAGCAAUCCUGUCAUUGUAAUACAUGUUGAUGCCACUGUAUAAAAUAUAUAAAUAUAUGGCAUCAUGGUGGUAAUAAAUAAAGUCUAAA